AUCUUUUCUUUUCUUUUCUUUUUUCCUUACAGAACGCAAACACUAGCCUCUCUCCAUCUUCAUCUCCUCCUCCUCUCUAAAUGAUAAAAAAGAUGAAUCAACAAGAGAAAUCGAAUCCUUUUCUUCAUAUACUUCAUCUCCUGCACAAAACCACAUUAUAACUGCAAGAGUUUCUUUCUCACCUUCAAAUCGAAAAACCCCAUCUUCUGAACUAUGUUCACCAUCUUUAAAUAAAAUCUUUACUUCAUCUCCUCGUGAUCUCUCAUCUCUUUAAAAACCCAAACUUUUCCAAUUUCAAAACCCCUAUAAUCGUUCAAUUCCAGAUCUAUUCAAGGUCGUCAAUUGAUUAAGAACACAAAAGGAAAACCCUAACUGGUGUUGGAUUUCAUUGUGUUAUGGGUAACUAUCAGUAUUUCAUGUACCAAUAGCUAAUUGCAGGGUAAGAAACACAAAAUCAAAACCCUAUUUUUUUAAGUUUCAGAUUUGUUUGUAACUGUAAUUUAUACUUCAUUGAUUUUGUCGCUGCAACAUAUCUGCAUGAACAUGGCUAUGGAGAAUAUGGGGCAAGAAUAGUUGCUCAAGAAAUUGUAUGCUGAGUAGAUGUAGGGGUUUGGAUUGGUGCGCUGAUUACUACAAUGGGUUUAUUAACAAGGGAGUCGACCUCAGCUUCUGUGGAUUAGUUUGUUUGUCCUUCACAUUUUAAUCUGCUGGCGAGGAAGAGUAUCAUAUGAUCAACAUAUUUGGCUUUGUGAUGAACAUUGUGCAGACCUCAAUGUUUUCAUUCAAUCACUACCUGCAAAGGUAAGGUUAAUGCUUUGAAGUGCUUGUUAUCCCUGAUUUCUAAUACUUAUUUGUGAAACCCUGCAACAAAAUGAAAUUCUUUUUAUAGCAGCUUGCACAAUUACUUCCUGCUAGGUUCAGGUUGGGAUAAUAUUUCAGUUUAGCUUACAUCCUCAUCUUUGUAAGCUCUCUGACCUUACGAAUAUCUCUUUAUAUAUGCUACUCUAUAUGCAUUUGUGUCUUGUUAUAUAUACACUUUGUAUACCUAUACACAUUGUGAAGUCCUAAUAGCUUCUGUCAUUGUGAAGUACUGUAUGCAACCUGACUAAUUGAUAUACAAAUAUGUUAUUGCCAUCUCUUGACAUGAUUCUUACUUUGUUCUUUCCCCUUUUGUCUCUGUCAUAGUGUGUUGUGCUAUUGUUUUUAUUUAAUAUCUUACUGAUGGUUCUGAUCCUUAGGCUAUAAAGUCUUAUUUCUGUCUACAAACUUCUGAUGGUUCACUCCAGCAAGUAGAAUAAGAGGUUGUUAUGUUCAUCCCAAUUGAAGAGAAGUGCUACAAAAUAGCAAGGGUCAACUAAGAACUACGCUAUUUCACUUCACGAGCAAAUACAACAAUAUUAAUCUUAAUACUCGAUUAUUGUUGUUUCUAUCAAAUACCUGGACGUUCUAAUAAUGUUUGACCUCUCUUCUAUAAACAUUUUGAAUCGGAUGCCUUUAUUUGUUCGUUAGCGUUCAUUAUAGUGGCGAGUCUGGAUAAAAAGAAUGAGUUACUAUUUCAGGCACUUGAUCUUAGAUCGCUGACGUUGUCGAGAUUCAAACUACAAAUUCAUCAAGUAUCUGGUCAGCUAGUUGACAACAGCGCUCAGGAAGCUUUACCUGCUAUAGCGGGUUACAACCUGGUAAGCAUUUCAACACUUCUACGGAAGAUGUGUUGCUUCCCUAAUCCAUAGUGUUGUUGGUUUUUGAUGUAGGACAUCCUACACACAAGUUUUCUAUUUCCUAUUAUAAGAAUUUCCUUUUACUAGCUUUAGUCUAUUUCUUUAUUUAGGAUUUCUUUCCUAGUUCUAGUGUGUUUCCUAGUUUGGUGUGAUUUCCUUUUCUAGUCCUAAUUAUAUUUAGAAUCCUUAAAACCUAUAUAAGAAGGCAUAGGCAUAACAGAUAUACACAAUUCUACAACCAAUAUUAUUAUUUGAUUAAUAUCAAACUUAUCUUUUAUUUUGUUAUUACUUUUGUGAAUCUAUUGAUCUCACACUAGUUUCUACCUUUUAUCGGAUCUUUGAUCCAAAGCAUACGCUUCCGCUACGUCAAGUGGCAUCAGAGCCACAGUUGAGAUUCUCUAUUAUUGAGUUUCUUGGCUUUGCGUUUUAUCCACAGUUAAGAGCCUCCAUCGAGUGCCUUAAUUUUCAAAAUUUUCAUUAUGGAAAAGGAAUUUCGUACUAGAUUCAGAGUAGAUGGAAUGAUCACCAACUUUAUCAUUGAUCCAUCAAGUCCGAAAAACUAUAUAUCUAUUGGGGCAGCAAAUUACUUCAAGAAAAGGCACUACGGCCAAUGGGAUUUAUUUGGCGGUCCUAUUGAAUUUACCUUCAACAACGGUAAGUAUAGCAGUUUUGCUUAUUGUGAACUAUCUUGUAGAGAAAAUUUUCAUGUGAUAUUAGGCGAGCCUUGGUUUUCGAGUUUAGGUGUUGUUUAUAAUGAAAAUUUGCAUAGUUUUGAUUUUCGUCAAGGCAACAGAAUACAUCGUUUAAUGGGAUUACAUGAACCAACACCAUUACGACGUUGGACCGAAAAAGAAAACUCAGAUUUUUGGAAAGAAUUCGAUGAGAUACUUGCCUGUUUCCGAGAGAAGAUAUAUUUUGAAGAUCCUACACUAGCGCUAGAUUCCCAAGUGCCUAUCUUAGAAGAAGAAGAAGAAGAAGAAGAAGAAGAAGAAGAAGAAGAAGAUAACGACAAUGAAGAGAAGUUCUAGUGUUGUUGAAAUCGAGCACCCACGAUCAUCUGAUUUUUCUGUUCCAGUCACUUCUGUUUUUAUCCCUAAGAAUGUGCAUAUUCAAGAGAAACCGGAUAACGACGUCAAGAAUCUACCUCAAUAUUCUGAGAUAUUUGAUGUUUCUAAUACUCCCAUCGAUCUAGUUAUGCCAAAGCCAAGCUUCAAUAACCUCAGUUGUUAUGUGAAGUUUCUGAAUUUUCCUGCUCAUUGGCCUAAACAAUUCAAGUCACAGAAGGAGUCAAAGUACAUCGUUCGUUGGGAUGGACGCUCGCAGUACUUACUAGAUUUGAAUGUGAGUCCUUCAAAAGAUAGCGGGCAUGUUCCUUCUUAUAAAUCACUUGGACUGAUUCCAAGGCAACAGUCUAUCUCCAGACUGAUUUCGCAGGAUACCAUGGUUGACGACUUCGAGCUGUACAAGAGAAAAGAAAUUCUGGUUUUCUGUGCUCAGUACUUGGGAUUUCUAAGGAUGGUGACCUGAUCAGUUAUGAAGUGUAUUGGAUUGGCACAGCUAAUAAGUUUCAAAUAGCCGAUGAUAACGGUUUCACUGAUCGUGCUCCUCCGACAAGGGAUUUUGGUGUUCUGAAGAAGCAUGUUUCCGCUUAUUCGUGCUUCUCGGAAGUUUUAACUAUCUACCUGAGUAAGGAUUCAAUAUUUGCUGGUAAUACUAACAGGCUUAUACAAGUAAAACCCCUCUCAGCCGGAUACUUGCACUUGGUUACUGAUUUAAAAUCUAGCUCUUAUUUGAACUCUUCAAACUGGCCGAAUGGUUAUGAAGCUUCAUCUAAGACCUUUGAAAUUUCAAAGGUAUGUCAGGAAGUUUAUUCAAGUCUUCAGGGUGUUCUCAGCUAAUAUUUUGAUAUCCCACGAAAGCCUCCGUGGCUUGUGCCGUGUAAAUUCUUAAGGAGAAAAACAAUUAAAAGAGACGCUACUGCUCAGUGCGCUCUAUGCCCUGCAACAAUAAUCAUGGCGAAAGGUUUAUCUGAAGGUUUCCAGAUGAUAUUAGUAGCAGGUACACAUCUCAGAAAUGUUAAUCUCUGGAUGGAAAGAUUCAAGGAAGGAUCUAGCGGCAUUUACCUUAUACUUUAUGGAAAAACAAUGGAGAAGCUUAUGAUGGCAGCUAGGUUUAUUGAAAACCCGCCAGACGUUUUUAUUCAGUCUACUAGACCGUAUGGGCAGACGACUGUAAUGAGAUUUGCUUCUUAUAUUAGUGCUCAUCCAAUAGCAGGAAGACACACCCAGGAAACGUUCACUAAUCGGAUGCAGAAACCCUUCACUGAGCCGCAUAUUACCGACACAAGGAUUGACUGCCAACUAAUCAAGGUAGCUGCUCUUAAGAGCCAUCUCACUGAUGAAACCGGUAGUUUGGCCAUUGACCUCCUUGGUAUAACUGUUGCAAGGUUGAAACGUGAUUCUUUGCUUUACAGCGGGGAAGACUUCGGUAUUUCUACUAAAAUGUUGACAGUAUCUGAAGCGGGUAUAGACGUUCUUAUUUUACGGGUUCUGAUGUGUACUGAAGUAAAGUUGGAAGGAAUUACUUAUCGAUUGGCAGGUGUACAGAAUUCAAUGAAAAGUCUAAUGUCACGAGGGACUAUUUUGAUUGGUCAUAAUUUAAAUUGUGAUCUGCGAGUACUGGUAUUGGAUCAUACAAGGGUUAUCGACAUACCGCUUGUUCUUAUAUGUACCAAUGGAAGUACCUACGGAGCUACUGGCAGGAAACUUUCAUCUUGCCAUGUGUGCAAGAAUGUGCUUGGCCCUGACCUUAGGGGGAAAAGAGUUUCUGAAGCUUCAGAUUUGCAUAUAAAACAAAGAGAAUGUUUUGUAGAUGUACAAAAGGUACGUGAUCCAAGUAAUCCAAUGAUCGUUAUAUUGAAUUGGUCGAAGUAUUUUUGUGAUUUAUUGGAGGUGAAAGAAAUUCAUCAUGGUGUUCCUAACCAGGAUUAUGAGAUUCCACGAGAACCUCCUUGGGUUAUUCGUGUUAGUUUUCAUAAGAUAAAUCAAAGUUUUGCAGGAACACUAAGACUUACUGGUUUAUCUACUACGGCAGAUUCCUGGAAUGAGAUAUCCUUAUCUAACACCAUUAAUACUUCGUUGUCUUGUCUGCCUAAGUUGGUUUGUGUAGUCUGGAUAACGAGAUAUUAUAUGGAAAGCUGGCAAUAUUGGUAUACCAAAUGUGCCUGGGAACAAGUUUUGUGUGAAGCGAAUACUGAAUCCUGGAGCUUUAUUGAGAUCGUGGAUGAUGAUGACAGAACAUUUUCUUCACAAGCAAUUAGAUUGCUCUUACAACAUACGGCUCAAGUUUUCGGACUUAAGGUAGUUGAUGCUUUGAAAAUUAAGAAUCGGACUCCGCGUCUCAUUAUUCAAGAAGUAGCGAAUUACUUAGCUACAACUCAUACGGGGGCCUCCACUGUCUCGAAGGAUCUGGAUUAUUAUCACAAUCAGUUCGUUUGUAUGAAUGGAGUUGCCGAUACUAAGAUGAAUGGAUGGGAAUAUGAUGAUGUGACAGUUGAAUUUUGGAUGGUGCACUUCUCGCCAUUUUCAGUUGAUUUUAAAAAUGUUAUGUGCCAUAAGGACACCAAACUAAUCAUUCUCAAAUCACAUUCAGCAUUGUUUCACGUGCUUAUCAAAGAUGGAGACUAUCUGACAACUGUAAUAGAGAAGCACUAUAAACCAAAAGAGAUUUUUGAAUUUUUAACUCACAGUUUGAGUUGGUCGGAAUAUCUGUGUGAAGAAUUGGAGAUAAAAGAAAAUCCUACAUUGCCAACUCACGUACGAACAACAAAAUGGGGGCCUUGUGAACUCUUGGACCCUCAUUAUAAGGAAGGUAUUAAGAGGAGGAAGGAUAGACGUUUCGGCAAAGCUGCUUCAAAAUUUCAAUUAUUCACACGAAAGUUUUCAGAAGCUGGCAGCGAGAAGUAUUUAAUAGCUAAUGAUUUUCGUCGUCGUUUUAGACCGUAUGACCCUGGGAAAAGAGUUUGUCCUUCUACAACGGGCUCCAGGUACCCGAUUGAUGAUCGUCUCCGUCGACGUUUCCGACCGUACGACCCUGGGAAGAACGCUUGUUUCUCUAUAUCAAACUCGUGGUCGAGUUCUUUUCAAGAAGGGGGGCCUGAUGUAGGACAUCCUACACACAAGUUUUCUAUUUCCUAUUAUAAGGAUUUCCUUUUACUAGAUUUAGUCUAUUUCUCUAUUUAGGACUUCUUUCCUAGUUCUAGCGUGUUUCCUAGUUAGGUGUGGUUUCCUUUUCUAAUCCUAAUUAUAUUUAGAAUCCUUAAAGCCUAUAUAAGAAUGCAUAGGCAUAACAGAUAUACACAAUUCUACAGCCAAUAUUAUUAUUUGAUUAAUAUCAAACUUAUCUUUUAUUUUUAUUA